UAUUACAUAUAAAGUUUUCUAACAAAUAGAUUAUAAGAUUCUUCAGUCAACUGGUCCUAAUGAAUAACAUCAAACAUUUUGCUCCAAUAAUGUACACUCCUACUGUAGGAUUGGCUUGUCAAAAUUACUCAGGGUUGUUUAGACGCCCACGUGGGAUGUAUUUCAGUGCAAAGGAUAAAGGAGAGAUGAUGUCUAUGAUCUAUAACUGGCCAGCUCCCCAGGUAGACAUGAUAAUUGUCACAGAUGGAAGUCGUAUUCUUGGCCUUGGUGAUCUUGGAGUUCAGGGCAUUGGAAUAGCUAUUGGAAAACUUGAUAUGUAUGUUGCUGCCGCUGGUAUCAACCCACAACGAAUACUCCCAGUUAUGCUAGAUGUUGGUACCAACAAUCAAAAGCUACUUGAAGACAGGCUUUAUUUAGGGGUUAGACAACCUAGGUUGGAAGGUGAAGAAUAUUUAUCGAUUGUUGGUGAAUUCAUGGAAGCAGUUGUCAAACGUUGGCCCAAGGCUAUCAUACGGUUUGAGGAUUUUCAAAUGCAGUGGGCCUUUGAAACUCUGAAACGGCAUCGGAAAAGGUUUUGCAUGUUCAAUGAUGACAUACAGGGGACUGCUGGUGUUGCACUUGCGGGAUUAUUGGGAACUGUUAGAGCACAAGGUCAACCAUUGGCUGACUUUGCAAACCAAAAGAUAGUUGUUGUGGGAGCUGGAAGUGCAGGGUUGGGUGUUCUUAACAUGGCUGUGCAGGCUGUUUCAAAGAUGACAGGAAAUAAUGAAACAGCUGCACGCAAUUUUUUCCUAAUUGAUAAAGAUGUAUCAUUCUCAGCUUUUAAACUUCAGCAAUCUUUUCAUGCUCCUUUGCAUACCCUCCUCUAUGUUCUUUAUGACAUCUAAUUGGUCUAUUCCGUUGAUUAAUGUAAUGCUUGGAAUCUUGGAUGAUCAUACCAAAAAGAACCGAAAAUUACUUUGAAGUAAUGUAAUUGUUUCAUUGGUUUUCUUUUGUUCAUGCAAACUCUACUCUGGCUGUGGGAAUACUCUACAGUUAGCUAUUCACAGAUUUUAAAGCAUCACUAUUUGUCACUUGUGCAGGGUGUUAUUACGAAAGAAAGGAAGAAUCUUGAU